AUGGAAAUCAACUUCCCGAACCUAAUCAACACGGCCUUCCGCACGCGCGACACCGAAGACACCACGCGCGGCCGCAACGCCAUCAUCCUGUCGGAGAACUCGGGCCCAAACCACAACGAGCAAGGAUUCCUAUCGUCGUCCUUCCCGCGCAACACGCGGACAUUGUUCAUCACGUCCGACGGCGAAGAGUUCGACGAAGGCACGCUGCGCGCGUGGCGAGAGGAAGGGUUCGAGGUCAGGUACUUCGGACUGGUGGAGGAUGAUGAUCGCGGGAAUGGUGAUGAGAGCGGUGGGGGUCGGGACAGGAGAGAAAGGGAGGAAGAUGCGUAUAGGAAUACGCUGGCGGGAUUGAAGGAUGUCGCGAACUUGGGCCCGUGCGAGACCUUUGGUAUUAUCGCCUUUGGAAGAGCCGCGGGCGUGUGUCUUGAGUUCUUCCACCAUAUGGCGAAUAACCCCGAGUUCAAACUCGCUGUCCUCGUCGCGUAUUAUCCUACCCGUGUGCCGGAUCCGCGAGCGGUGUUCCCCGGCGGAUUGAGAGUCGUGUGUCAUCUCACGGGCGAUGAAAUUGGUGUUGUCGCGCAUAGUCAGAUUGUGGGGAUCCAGGGGAAGAGAAAGGUUGUGAGGAGGAGUGUGGAGCGAGGAGGGGGUAUAUCUGGUGCGAGUGUGAACGUGGGCGGAAACAGGACGGCGUAUCCGUGUUAUUGGUAUCAUGCUGAGCCUGGGUUCGCCGAGGGAGAUCUGGAUGAAUACGAUAAGGUUGCUGCUGAGGUUGCGUGGAGUCGGAGUCUGGAUGUUGUGCACACUGCGUUUAGGAUGGAUGUUGAGCUUGAAGGGGUUGUCGAGAGGAAUUUGGAGGGUAAAUUCUUCACCCGCGACCUGGCACAGACAAUGUCGACAUACACGACGCACAAAUCGCCUCACGCGACGUUCUUCCCCACCCUAUCCGGCGGCAUCGGCACCCAGGAACUACAGCAAUUUUAUGCAGAAUACUUCCUGUCCACGAACCCGGACUCGACGAAACUCACGCUGAUAUCGCGCACCGUAGGCGCAGACCGCGUCGUCGAUGAACUGCAUGUGUCUUUCAAACAUACGCAGCCCAUGCCCUGGAUCCUACCAGGCGUCCCGCCUACGAAUAAACGCGUCGAAGUCGCCAUAGUCAGCAUUGUGACGCUGCGCGGUGGAAGACUGUAUCAUGAGCAUGUCUAUUGGGACCAGGCGAGUGUGCUUGUGCAAGUGGGGUUGUUAGAUCCGAAGCUUAUCCCGCAGAAGGCGAAGGACAAAGGUGUGAAGAAAUUACCUGUUGUUGGACGGGAGGCUGCGAGGAGACUUGUACGGGGGUUUGAAGAUGAUGAUGUGGAGGAUGGGGAGGCGGAUAAUGAGAUGUUGCCGGGGUGGUAUGAUGAUGAGGAUGAUGAUGAGGAUGAUGAUGUUCGGGGUGGAGAUGAGAAUGAAGGGAAGGGUGAAAAUGGUGAUGGGGGCGGGGAAAAUCAUAAGGAAAAAGAGAAGGAGAAGGAUGGCGAUGAGGGGGGGAAAGGUCAAGACGAAGACAAGAAAGCCGAGGAUGAAGAAGAGGAUAAGGCGUAG